CGCGCCCGGAAUUUCCGGAGGAUGGCAAGUUACGUAUUUCCGGCGAGUAGCUGGCGGUCUUAGGUGCUGCUGAUUUGUGUGAUUUGAGAGGGUCGAUCCCGCCGCUGCCACCGCCGCCGCCGGAGGAUCCCCUCGGGCGGUAGUAAGCAUUAAUAAUGUCUUUCAUCUUUGAGUGGAUCUACAAUGGCUUCAGCAGUGUGCUCCAGUUCCUAGGACUCUACAAGAAAUCUGGAAAACUUGUAUUCUUGGGUUUGGACAAUGCAGGCAAAACCACUCUUCUACACAUGCUCAAAGAUGACAGAUUGGGCCAACAUGUUCCAACGCUACAUCCGACAUCGGAAGAGCUGACAAUUGCUGGAAUGACUUUUACAACUUUUGAUCUUGGUGGACAUGAGCAAGCCCGUCGGGUUUGGAAAAAUUAUCUCCCAGCAAUUAAUGGGAUUGUCUUUCUGGUGGACUGUGCAGAUCAUGCUCGCCUCAUGGAAUCCAAAGUUGAGCUUAAUGCUUUAAUGACUGAUGAAACAAUAUCCAAUGUGCCAAUCCUUAUCUUGGGUAACAAAAUCGACAGAACAGAUGCAAUUAGUGAAGAAAAACUCCGUGAGAUAUUUGGACUUUAUGGACAGACCACAGGAAAGGGGAAUGUGACCCUGAAGGAGCUGAACGCCCGCCCCAUGGAAGUGUUCAUGUGCAGUGUGCUCAAGAGGCAAGGCUACGGCGAGGGUUUCCGCUGGCUUUCCCAGUAUAUUGACUGAUGUUUGGACGGUGAAAAUAAAAGAGUUUUACUUCUCUGGACUGAUCCUAUUCACAGCUUCCUCAUGAACUUUUCUAAUAGAACAAGGAAAGCUCUCCAACCAUGUCUGGCGUUGAGAAGCCAGCAGUCUCUGGUCAGCUCUCUCAUCGCCCAGUGGUGACAUGUGCUCUUCUCCACACUAUUGGGAGGUAACAUUGCCCCACAUGCUGGUGCAGGUCUGCAUCCCGGGACUUGGAAGCUGGCAGGAUUUGCUGAGUAAAGCUGUGUGCCAUCGUGGGGUACCAGAAAAGAAAAACACGUCUCACCACUGUGGUUGAUUUAAAAGAAAGUGAUUCUAUUUUUAAAAGAAAGUGUUGUUAAUGUAAUUGGUGUCCCUCCUAACUUUUUGAGUUCACAAUUUACUUGGUCCAGAGUUUUCUAUUCUUCUUUUUUUUAAUCUAGUGAAUGGCAUUUAGAUUUUUCAUAAAAUUAUGAACAGACACAUUGGAGGCCAGAGCUCAGCCAGGUGAACUUACUCCUGUUGAAUUAACAGGUUGGUGAGAGGACCCCCUGAGCUCACCAGUCUCUAACUGCCUUGUAGUGGGUGACAUCCCGUUUUGCACAGAGAACUAGGAAAGGGGCAGGACCCUGGCCUUUGCAUUUGCAGCAGGUUUCCACUCUGGUGAGCUAGGGUCAUUCCUCAUCAAGGAGUGUAUAGCAGAUUGUUUACUGAGGAGUUCAUUAUAGAAUGGGUUGUUAUUAUUAUUACUUAGAAAAUUAGGAUUUUCAGCCAGUCUCUGCUUUUAUACUGUGGUGAAAUUUCUUUUUUCCCUAUAGCAACUUCCUUACUCAUUUUCAGGUAUAAAAAGUGACUUCUGCCUCAUGGAAGAGUUGAGAUUGCAUCCAGGUCACCUGUGUUGUCACAUACUGCAAAUGUGUCUCAGUUACUUUUGCCCAUAUUCUUGGGGACAAAAUUUCUGAGUAGGAGAGGAAAGCAGGGCAAAGUUAACAGCUUAUCAGUUACCUAGUUUUUGGUGUUUAAAAGUAAAGGUUAACAAGUGUAGCUUUCCCAGAUUUUUUCUUUUUGGUAUGAAAUUGCCCUUUCUAUUCCAGAAAUAAGCUGGGGAGAACAUUAAUCCAAGAACUUCUGUGGAGCUGUUCUUUUUGAGCCAGCACCACUUCUUGUCAGAUAGUAAACAUCCUGUAUAAAAGUGUCAGCAUCCCCAAUAGUGUGCGUGAGGAUUCUUUUUGCAGCAUUCUAUUUUUCCUAAUGCUAUGUGUGCAUUUGGAUUUUCAUUAACUUUAAGUUCUACCCUCAUAGUACAAGAUGAAGGGAUAGGAUAUGGUCUUAAGGUGGGAGUCUUUCUUUAUACUUUUUUCCUUUAAUGAAAAGUUAGAGGUGAGUUCUUCAAAAUUGAAAAUUGUGAUGAUGAUGCUUACUUGCAGAGGGUUGAACUAAAUUUAGUGGAUUCCUGCUUCUGAUAUAAGGAUGGGGAAAAUAUGGAUAAUGUAUUCCUGGGGAUAUGAGAGUAUGGUUCUUUAAUUGGAUUUCUCAUUCUCAGUCCUCAGUACUGCCCUGUUGGCAAAACAGGUCAGGUACUGAAUGCAGAGGCUCGAUGAAAUUAAGUCUAGGAAGAGCAUGUAUGUCAUUAAUUAGCGGGGCAUAGUGGAUAUGACAAAAUUGUUGGUUUGGAAAGGGAGUAAAGCCUUAAGUGAACAAAUCUAGCUAACAGUGAAUGAACUAGGUAGUUGCAUACUUUUUUUUUUCUUUUAGCUAAAGGUUACCCAUACUUCUCUAUCUGGAGACAUGAAAAGUAUGGUUGCUUCAGUGUUAGUUUUCUUGUUUUUGUUUCUUUCCUAUUUGUCCCUACUUAAGUGGUAGCAAGCUAGUAAACUAUGAUAGGGCAGCUCUUUGUGAAAGUGGUUUAUUUUAGCCACUGGAGAAAGAGGAGGAGGUUGAAAAGUUAAGAAGCACCAGUCUCUUUCUUGCCCCCAUUCCUAUAAUACUGUACCUGAAUACCAUUCCUAUAAUACUGUACCUGAAAGAAAAUGCUGUGAGGAGCUCUACUCCAAACAGGAUCAGAGUUUGUACAGGAACUCCCAUGAAUUGACACUUUUCAUUCUGUUUUAUCAGAGUGCAUAUAUGUCCUAGUUUAAGGAAAAGCAAAACAGUCAUUUACAAAAGAAAGUCAUUCUGUAUUCUAAGCAUUUUAAUAAAAAGUUAAAACAAACUUGC